AUGGGGCUGCGAUGGCUAAGCUGCCCUCAUAUAUGGUUGCUAUGGAUAUUGUUCGCCUCAUGUUCCUACGCGUUCUACUUGCCGGGAUACUCAGUCAAGCGAUACAACGACGAUGAAUCGAUUCCCCUCCUCGUAAACAAGAUCUUCUCGGACCACACACAACUUCAAUACGCUUACUUCGACCUACCCUUCGUAUGCCCCCCCAGCGGACGGACACAUGGCGGAUCACCAUUUGGUGCUGGACAAAGCGUCUCGCAGAACUUGGGUGAGAUCUUGCGCGGUGACCGAAUCAUGACCUCGGACUUUGAGCUUCAUAUGGGCAAAAACGUGGAAUGCCAGGCAUUGUGCACGGCGGAGGUCGGGCGCAAGGACGUGAAAUGGGGCCGACAGCUUAUCAGGGAAGGAUAUGUCGUAGAAUGGAUCGCCGACAACUUGCCUGGGGCAACAAGUUUCGUGACUGUGGACCGACGCCGAAAAUAUUAUGCAUCUGGGUUUAAGCUCGGCUACCAAGAGUUCUCUCCUAUUGAUGGGAAGCAGCGUUACUACAUAAACAACCAUUUCACCAUCGUUAUCCGCUGGCGCUCGGCACCAGAAGGUGGUAAAGUCGUUGUGGGGUUCGAAGUAUUUCCGAAGAGUAUUCGUGCCCAGGAUCAUGGAGCGGAUGGGUGCCCUGAACACGUCCACGAAGAGCACGAAGGUCUGGAGUUAUACAUACCGCCAAACCUGGAACAUCUCCGCCAGAAGUACCCGGGCUCGUCAUACCUCCCGGAAGAUGAUGACUAUGAUGACGGAGCUACUCUGAAGAUCCCAAUCACAUACUCGGUAUAUUUCAAAGAGGACAACUCAAUUGAAUGGUCAAACCGGUGGGAUCUUUACUUUAGCAAACAAGAUGACAGUUCAAUGACGCACUGGCUGGCUGUUCUCAACUCGUUGACCAUUUCCGGUGUCCUCGGUGUUGCGGUGUAUGUCAUCUGGACAAGAACCAUCCAGGGAGACAUAAAAGGCCGAGGUGAUGGGGCGAUGGAUGAUCGAAAGGUGAGGAAAGCAGGGAAGGCAGAGGGUCUGUUAGACCAGACCUCGGACGUCGAAAGAGAGGCAGAUAUUGAUUCUGAUGACGAUGGCAUGGAUGAUGUGAGCGGCUGGAAGCUCCUACAUGCCGACGUGUUUCGGGUACCGAAUUUCAGCGGUCUUCUUGCGCCGUUGGUUGGAUCGGGAAUGCAGCUUUUGUUCAUGACCUCCGGAUUGCUGCUUCUCAGCUGCUUGGGUAUCCUGAACCCGAGCUACCGGGGUGGCUUUGUUAGUGUUGGUACUGGACUGUUUGUCUUCGCCGGCGUGUUUUCUGGUUACUUCUCUGGAAGCCUGUACAAGACAUUCGGUGGGAAGAGCUGGCGCAAAAAUAUGUUGAUAACAGCUCUUCUCUUCCCUGGACUUAUAUUCUGCCUCGUCUUCAUCCUCAAUCUUUUCGUCUGGGCACAGGCAUCUAGCACGGCGAUCCCAUUCGUUACACUUAUUGGCAUUGUUCUCCUUUGGCUGUUGAUCCAGGUGCCUCUAGUGUACGCCGGUAGUUGGUAUGGUUUUACACGCGCCAAGCCAUGGGAACACCCUACCAAGACAUCCCCAACUCCGCGCCGGAUUCCUCCACAGCCUUGGUACUUGCAUAAUGUCCAGCGAGCCAUUAUCACCGGCUUAGCUCCUUUCGCAGUCCUCUUUAUUGAGCUUCUUUUCGUGUUUAAGAACCUGUGGCAGGACAAGAGUGGAUACUAUUACGUCUUCGGUUUUUUGAGCGCCGUGACAACGAUCUUAGUGAUCACUGUUAGCGAGGUGACAAUCAUCGCGACGUACAGUCAGCUCUGCGCCGAGGACUACCAGUGGUGGUGGCAGAGUUUCCUGACGGGCGGAAGCAGCGCCUUCUGGGUGUUCGCGUACUGCAUCUGGUACUACUAUUUCCACCUGCACAUCACGGGCUUCGUGUCCAGUCUGCUCUUCUUCAGCUAUAGUUUCCUCGCCUGCGCUGUGUAUGGCCUGCUAACGGGGACUGUUGGGUUCCUGACGGCGUAUGCAUUCAUCCGUCGCAUUUAUAGCUCGGUCAAGGUGGAUUAACCAGGACCCAGCUUGAUUCCUGAGUCACGCGGCCUCAUCCGAGACUGUUGCGGGGCUCCCUUCGACACUGGGAAAAUUCGGGGACGUUAUAUUCGGGCUUCCAUGAGGGAUCUUUUAUUAUAGCAAAGGAUGUGAAUGUGGCUGGUAGUCGGCAGAUAGUGGAGUAUAUACUUUGAAACUUAGCGGGAGUCAAGCAGCGAUCGUUUCCGUUACUAUAUCUUUUUUCUCUUUGGAAUUUAUUUGGCAAAUUUUUGACUAUCCACCG